CGCGCUGUGAUGAUGAUGAUGAUGAAGGCGGCCAUGUCGUGGUAGCAGCGCUACAGAUACAGAGAGAGAGCGCUGAGCUGCAGGAGCUUCAGCACCCGGAGACAGAAAGCCAGAAAGCGGUCAGCGCGCAGAGCGGGGCUAAGCGGAGCAGAGAGCGGGAGUGUGGGGGAGAAACUCGCAGCACAGAGCGGCGCUAGAAACCCCGAGUCCGCGGGCUGUGGUAGAGCGAGGCGCAGCGGCAGGAUGAGCGGCGGAACCCCGUAUAUCGGCAGCAAGAUCAGCCUGAUCUCCAAGGCCGAGAUCCGCUAUGAGGGAGUUCUGUACACCAUCGACACCGAGAACUCCACAGUGGCGCUGGCUAAAGUCAAGUCUUUUGGCACGGAGGACCGUCCUACAGACAGGCCAGUUGCCCCCCGAGAUGACGUCUUUGAGUACAUCAUCUUUAGAGGCAGUGACAUUAAAGACUUGACUGUUUGUGAGCCGCCAAAGCCCAACUGCUCAUUGCCCCAAGACCCGGCAAUUGUACAGUCAUCUCUUGGCUCAUCUGCGCCACCUUCCUUCCAGCCAGUGAGCUCUUAUGCCCCCUUCAAUCGGGCUCCUGUACAUGCAUACAACCAGUUCGCUGCUCCUCUGGUGUCCCAGCCCAUCGGCAGUGCUGUUGGAGCAGGAAGUUCAGGGUCCGUGUUUGGUAACGACAAGAGCGUAACUGCCCCUCUGUCUGAGAGCACUGUCCCCUCGGACUCUGUGUCUCUGAACACGUGUGUAAAUGAAGCUCGCACCAGCCCCUCUCUGGAGCCUCAGCGGAAGAGCCCAACUUCUGAGCACCCAGUGCAGCCUGCACCUCUAGCAGCCCCUGCUGCAAGUGGCCCUGUGGGUCAGAGGAGUCCUGGAGGAGGCAGACCCCCUCUCAGCUCCCAGAAGCAGCCUGCUGAGAGCCAGGAGCAGUCCAGAGUGCCUGAUGCUGAGAAGAGCUCUCGCCAAGAAUCAGACUCUAACAAAGCUGAGAACCGUGAUGCAAACAAACGCCUGCCAGGCGCUGGUCCUCCUGGAUUGCGAAGAGGUAGAGGAGGAGGUGGCGGAGGAGGAGGAGUUGGAGGAGUCAACACUGGCACUGGUGGUGGAAAUCAGCGUGGGCGGGGUCGGUUUAAUGUGCGCAGAGAUGGCCCAAUGAAGUUUGAAAAGGAUUUUGACUUUGAGAGUGCUAAUGCCCAGUUCAACAAGGAGGAGAUCGACCGCGAGUUCCAGAGCAAGCUCAAAAUUAAAGAUGAGAAGGCGGUGAACGGAGAGGAAAAGGGUGACUCGGGUGUGGAGACUCAGAAUAGCGAGGGCAAGGUAGAGGAGGAGGACCCACUGGGACCCAACUGCUAUUACGACAAGUCCAAGUCUUUCUUCGACAACAUCUCCUGUGACGACACAAGAAAAGAGAGAGGAGGUGUUGGCAGGGAGCGCCGUCAGACCUGGGCCGAAGAGAGGAGGAUGAAUUCUGAAACCUUUGGAAUCCCGAUGCGCUAUAACCGUGGUCGCGGAGGCUACAGGGGCAGAGGGGGCGGCAUGGGCUUCCGUGGAGGUCGUGGACGUGGGGGUGGCAGAGGCUCUUUCGGACCACCUCGUGGUGGCUCUGGCUUCAGGGGAGGAUUCAGAGGGGGCCGGGGUGGCAGAGAGUUUUCUGACUUUGAGUACAGGAAGGAGAACAAGGUGGCAGCGUAGUAAAUGUAAAGGACGACUACACCAGCUCUCGACAGACUGGAGCUCCACUUCCCUCCCCUGUCCUGCCUCGUAGAGACUCUGUCUGUGUGUUUGUCUGUCCCAAACCUGACGCAGGUGGACUCGCAUGUCCUUUCUGCCAUUUCUUGCUCUUUUUGUUUUUUAUGGAAAAAAACAACAAUUUGGAAGGCAAUCUUUUGAUCUUUCUUUGAUACGCCCGCACAGGGGAUGAGUACUUUGUCUACAAACUCAGUAACUUCAGUGGAAUUAUUAUUAUUAUUCUUCUUCUUCAGUAUUUUUGCAUCAACAUUUUAGUUCCUUUCUUACAAAAAAAAGAAAAAUUAAACAAAUUGUAUUUGAUAAUGUUCCUGUUAGGUGUACCAAUGUAUGCAGACGCCCGCUGAUACUGUGAGCCCCAUCAGUGAAAUAGCUUUAUUUUUUAUUUUUCCUCUGUAUCUUAUAGAAACACCAAAACCCUGUAUAUACAGUAUCCUGUAGGGUUACUGCGCAGUGAAGGCUCGUCAUCCCUUAACCAGUCGGCCACUAACUCUAGAAGUGCAUUAGUCUGCUGUGUGUAGUUACAGGAGACUGUUGGUACUGGAGGAGGUGUAGGAGGGGACUCUGGGGCAUUCUGUGUGGAAGGUAGAUUGGCGUUUAUACACAGUAUGUCAGUGCUUUACUUUGUAGAGAAAUCCAGUUUUGGCUUUGUUUUGGUUUUUGUAGUGAUUUUUUUUUUCUUCUUCUUCUUUCCUUUUCGUAAGUCACGUUUAAUUUUUACUAGUCUGGUCUUUAGCCUUUCUUUCUUUCUUUUUUUUCUUUUUUUUUAUGCGCGAGGUCAACAACUAUCUACCUUUAGCUCAUCUCACAAGGCUAAAUUGUUCUCAAAAAUAUUAAAUACUGAUUGAAUGUAUUGAUGAUAAUUGCCAAUGCGAAUUUUUCAUAGUGUGUGGGGGGGGGAGAGGGUCCAGGGAGUUAGGUGUACUUAUUUUUCUUUUCUUUUUUCUGUUUUUGAAUUGAAACACUUGUACUUGUUCUUUAAGGUAUAACGCCCAGCUAUCUCUAUUUUUCAGUGCCAUUGUAGACAUGAAGCUUUUGCAGUACCCUGCUGGAACAGACUGCUGUUAAGAUGUUCUUUUUUCCCCUCCUUUCUUUCUUUGUUCCCUAUUUUAUAAUGAAACUAAAGAUGGGGUGUGCUUGUUUGCUUAUUAUUUUGAUAACUGAGUGCCAGUGAAUAUUGCCUUUCGAUGUCAAUGAUGUAGAUGUCGUUUUGUUAUAGUUCAAGCGAGGGCUCUUUGAUACCGUAACAUUUGCAGAUUUGUAACCCUUCGCGCACGCGUGCAUUGAGCCUGUAGAAUUGUGACAUGAAUUAAAAGACGAGAAGCUCUUACUUUUCUGCUCCCCUCCUCCCCCUCCAAUCACCUUUUUAAUGCCAGCGUCUUCAGGGAUAGUCCAGCACACCCUUUAAGAGUAAGUAAGAUUUGGAUCGUUUCAAAAAUGUAUUCAUUUGCACUUUAAAGAUGAACAAUGCCGCAAUAUCAAGUAACAUCUAGCCAGUUUGACAGUAGCACAGUAGUUCCGUUAGUGUAAAUAACUUCAUCCCCUCGUCAUUUUUCUUCGCCUUUGAAACACGCUCGUAUGUUCGCAAAGUUCUCAAGCCCAUAGAAGCCGUAUAUACAGUACAUGGCACAAGCUAUAAAGUGAGUUACUUGUGAAGCCAAGUGAUUUUGUAUAAUGAGAUUUAUAUCAUAAGUGUUGGUCCAGUAGGAGCAUUCUUUAAUUCUGAUGGACAGGGUUUACUCUUGUCUAUAGUGAUCACACAGAUUAGCACAGACCUUAUUAAAAGACCGAUUCAGAUGAAUAAAAGUGAAAAGUGAGCAGUCACCUCGGUAUUUUCCCAUUAGGCCUUAGCUGUGUGGGGAAAAAGCAUUUAGAAUUCAUUUUAUGAACAUUGUUGACUAUACUAGAUAGAUCACAGCCUGAUUAGGUUGGAAAUGAUUGAAUUACAAAUGAACAAUGCAGUUUGCUAAAUAUCUUAAAGCAGGUUUGUUGCAGAUUCUUUAGGUUGGCGGUGUUCUGCAGUUAAGUCUCUAGAUUAGCAGGCCUCACUAUGCUUUAAAGAUUGUUCUAUUUGCUUGUAGUGGAUGCAAACCUACAUAACAUCUAGCAAGCUGUUCUCACUGCCAGUCUCAAAUAGGAUUAACCCUGUAGGGUCGAUGAAUAAAUAAAUGAAUGUGCUGCUACGUCAAAUUAAAUUCAAUUUUUCAAUGAAUACCUUUACAGUGAAAGUAUAAACUGAUGUAAAUUAGAAACCCCUUCCUUCUCUCUGCAUUGCUUAACUGGUGGACUUCUCUGUAAUUAGUGGAUUAGUGCUGUAUGACACUGGCCAAUGAACACUCAGGAAAUUACUUAACUGUACCACAAAUUGAAUCACAGGCUUGCGUUUAUUUAUUUAGUUUUUUUUUUUUUAGCUAUGCCAAUUACCCAACCCACUCAGCCGCACUCCCCUUAUCUCAAGCGAUGCUCAAACACCAACUCCUCCGAUACAUGUGAAAUCAGCCACUUCCGCCUCUCAAAGCACACUUGAAGGAAAAUGCAGCAACUCAGCUCUGGGAGAGAGUGCCAUCUACCCACCCAGAGAAAGCAGGGCCAAAUGUGCUCUCUCUGACUCUGGCUGCUGGUGGUGAGCAGUAUGACAGAGAUUCAACCAGCAAUCCUUUUAUCAUAGUGGCAGCUAUAUAUUUAUCCUUCUGAUUGAAUAAGUCCUUAGUUUUUUCUUAAUUGUUCAUUGGUCAGUUUCACACAAAACGUGGACGGACAGACAGACGAGAUGCAGAAUUUUAAAAGAAGCAUAGAGAAACAUUGAAUGUGACCUGCUGGCGUGUUCAUUGACCCCACAUGGUUAAUUUAGAGCUGAAUUAAAUCCGCAACUGGAUUCAUUUUGCUAGUAUGUUUAAACAGCAAACUCCUCGACUAUGUUGUUCGCACAUCAUUUUGAACGUUAGCUCGGUUUCCUCUCGUAUGGAUGCUCACAUUUGCUGUAGAAUCAGUCCGGGCUGCUGCAGUUUAUAUGCUUUUGGUUGUUGUCGGUCGCCCUCUGGGAGUGAAGGUGGGCUGCGGGUCUUGCAAACAGAGCAGUCUGGUUGUAGCUCAGUCCUCUAAGCUGUGCUGUGAGUGCUAGACGAUGCUUUAUAGCAUUUACACAAUCUUCUUUUUAUUUUUAUUUUUUCUCAGCUUCUCUGAUUUGUCAGUAGAAGUGUUCCGCACUUCCUGACCAUGUUUGGGAGUUAUGAAUGACUAUUGUUGUUGCUAUUGAUUUCCAUUUUUAGUUUUUGCCCCAGAUGUAAUAAAGGGAUCGGAGCACUGGCUGUAAAUGAGUGAUGGUUUAGUGCUGAAAAAGGCAGAGGAUGAGAUUUGUUUCCGAAUGUUUCACUUCGUUCUUUAUCUCGAUGGGAUGCAGUGAGGUUCCGUGUUCCUGUUGUGGCUACUUUCAUAGCGAUUACCUGUGUUGGCUACAGGGUACUUCUUGUUGGCACUAAGCAGUGAACAUUACCUAGAUGUUUGCGUAUUGGUAGGCAGCUAGCCAAACGUCCUGCAGUUCAAAAUGAGCCGUUUUGUUCGGAUGCUUUAGCGAAUCGUAUAGAGCACAGCGUGAUUUGAUCUCCUGGGGUGGGGGAUGCCUUAACAAGCCAUUGAAAAUCAUUGUUGGGGGUGUUGGGUUGUAACUGAAAUGGCUUCCUACUGCCCAUAGUGCACACUAUGUAGGGCACAAGCUGAAGUGGCUUAAACCCUUUAAAGUGCACAAGGUCAAUUUUUUUAUUCUGUUUAUUUCUGGUAGCACGAACUGCCCAGGGAGAGAAUGUGGGACUGCCCUGGACUGAUGCAAUAAUCUCAUUACUAUUGAAGACCCCUCGCCACCACCACAACCCACCCCCCUGUGCUCAUAUGAGAUUUCUGAGACUGUACAUACAAAGUUUUCAUUUUGUAAAGGUAAUAAAAUGAUUUUUCUCUCUUCAGACUUCUGGAAGAACUUUGAUUGGCUGUUUCUCCUAUAAAGCAAUUGUACAGCAUGGUGUACUUUCAGUGGCCAGAUUGAGGUUUUUAUUCUGACAUAAAAAAAAAUAAAUAAAUAGUUGUUCAAGA